CCAAACCAAACGCGCUCAUAUUUUGUUUAUCUCUUUCAUUAACGUUAUUUUUAUUUGAUGAUAACAAAUUUGUUUAGAAUUUACUAAAAUGGAAAACUCUUCACAAUAUGGAGAUCGAAAACAACGCUAUAAACAGCUUUUGGAUGAAUCAAAUCAGCUGCAACAGGACAUUGGCCACCAAAUGCUCAGUGAAACAUGCCGGGCGGUACAAAAUAUUGUGCAUCUUUCCGAUAAUAUGCAUAAAGAAACGGGCGUUACGGAAAAAGUCGAAAAUACCAGCGAAAUUGUUAUGGAUGCUCAGCUAAUGAAAAGUAUACAUGAGUCCGUAUCGAAGAUAAUGCUAACAACCUCAGAAUUUACCGAUGGCAUGUACUGUAAUGGGAUAAAUGCCUUAAUAUCACAAAGCGAAUCAGAUAAUUGGCGUGUUAUUACCGAAAUUGCCUUAUCGGUAGCAAGACCAGCUUUCACUAAAUCCAGCAUGUUGGGCGCUAUCGAUGUUGAGCCCAAAGUGCGUGUGGUCAAAGAAAAACAACAGCGCCGUCGUACAGUGCUAACGCAGGAAAAACGUCCCGAAACUAUAAAACAAUUGAAACGAGAUGAUCGCGGCGCUGAAAAAGUCAACAUUAUUCUAAAACAAGUUAGCGAUCUGUUUAGGCAGAAUAAUCGUCAACCUAUACCCUACUUUCGCUUAAUUAUUGAUCCACAUAAUUUUAUGAAUACCGUGGAAAAUGCAUUUCAAAUGGCGUUUUUGGCUCGUGAUGGAAAUGUCGCUAUCGAGGGAGGAGAAGAUGGUUAUCCUCAAGUUCGUUUAGUGCCAAAGGAUGAGAUUGCAAAGCAUACCGAUACCACACAAGCUAUAUGCUCAUUGAAUAUGAAAUUGUGUAAGCAAAUGAUAGAUUUCUAUGAAAUUUCCGAAGCAAUGCUUGACGUACCUGUUGAUGUGGAAGAUAGUACUCGAAAUAUUAAUGACGACGAGGAGGACGAUUAGUCAAUUAACGAAUUUUAUAUACUAACAUGUUUCCAAAGUAUUUUAACAAAGUUUAUUAUUUUUACUACAUGUUUUUUAAUGUGAAAACAAAAAACAAUUUAAAAAUAACUUCCAUGUUUAAUAAUAAUGUUAAGUUUUUCAUAUGUAUAUGUAAAUCUUUUGUAAAAUAAAUUUAAAAAGUAAAAACACAAAA